GGAUCCCGGCCAGUCAGCUCGUCCCAGCCUCGCGCCCCUCCUCUCCCCCCCCCAAAUAAACAGCCCUCCCCACGCCUCGGGAGCCGGACCGCCCCCUUCCUCCCUCGGCCGGCGUGCGGUGAGGGAGAGUGCGAGCGGCCGAGCGCGGGCCAGCGGCCGAGCUCCGGGGGCGCCAGAGGCGGCGCGGCGCGGCGGGCCGGCCGGGCGUCGCGUGUGCGUGCCGGGGCGCGAGCGAGGGCCCGUCGCGAGCCGCCGGCGGCCCCACGCCGACGACCCCGAGGAGCGGCGGGCGCGAGCCAGCCGCGGAGGGGCGCCGGGCCCGCGCGCGCGCACGCACGCACGCACGCGGGGGGCGGGGGCAGGCGCGCACCCGCCUGUCGCGACAGUCGGGGCCGAGGCCCAGGGGGAGGUGGCCUGUCGCAGGUCGCCCGGCUCCCGGAGGCGAGGGGGGCGCGGGCGGAUGGCGGAAGGCGCCCAGCCGCAGCAGCCGUCUCAGCUCGGGCCCGGCGCCACUGCCCGGGGCAUGAAGCGGGAGUCGGAGCUGGAGCUGCCGGUGCCCGGAGCGGGAGGAGACGGAGCCGAACCCGGCCUGAGCAAGCGGCCGCGCACCGAGGAGGCGGCGGCCGACGGCGGCGGCGGGAUGCAGAACGAGCCUCUGACCCCAGGUUAUCAUGGAUUCCCAGCGCGGGACAGCCAGGGUAACCAGGAGCCAACAACAACUCCUGACGCGAUGGUUCAGCCUUUUACCACCAUCCCAUUUCCACCACCUCCACAGAAUGGAAUUCCCACAGAAUACGGAGUGCCACACACUCAGGACUAUGCCGGACAGACCAGUGAGCAUAACCUGACCCUCUAUGGAAGUACGCAAGCCCACGGGGAGCAGAGUAGCAACUCACCCAGCACACAGAAUGGAUCUCUCACGCAGACAGAAGGCGGAGCACAGACAGACGGCCAGCAGUCACAGACACAAAGUAGUGAAAAUUCAGAGAGUAAAUCCACCCCUAAAAGACUGCAUGUCUCCAAUAUUCCUUUCCGCUUCCGGGACCCUGACCUCCGACAGAUGUUUGGGCAGUUUGGCAAAAUCCUAGAUGUAGAGAUAAUCUUUAAUGAACGCGGCUCUAAGGGAUUCGGGUUCGUAACUUUCGAGAAUAGUGCUGAUGCAGACAGGGCCAGGGAGAAAUUGCACGGCACCGUGGUAGAGGGCCGUAAAAUCGAGGUGAAUAAUGCUACAGCACGCGUAAUGACCAACAAGAAGAUGGUCACACCAUAUGCAAACGGUUGGAAACUAAGCCCAGUGGUCGGCGCUGUCUACGGCCCCGAGUUGUAUGCAGCAUCAAGCUUCCAAGCAGAUGUGUCCCUAGGCAACGAAGCAGCAGUGCCCCUCUCAGGACGAGGGGGCAUCAACACUUACAUUCCUCUAAUCAGUCUCCCUUUAGUUCCUGGCUUUCCCUACCCAACUGCAGCCACCACGGCGGCCGCUUUCAGAGGAGCCCAUCUGAGGGGCAGAGGGCGGACGGUGUACGGUGCAGUCCGAGCGGUACCUCCAACAGCCAUCCCCGCCUACCCAGGUGUGGUUUACCAGGACGGAUUUUACGGUGCUGACCUCUAUAUAGAAUCUGCAAACUGCUUCAGAUCAAACAGGGUGGAUAUGCAGCCUACAGAUACGCACAGCCCGCUACUGCGACCGCAGCCACAGCCGCGGCCGCCGCCGCUGCCGCCUACAGCGACGGCUAUGGCAGGGUGUACACAGCCGACCCCUACCAUGCCCUUGCCCCUGCCGCUAGCUAUGGAGUUGGCGCUGUGGCGAGUUUAUACCGAGGUGGCUACAGCCGAUUUGCCCCCUACUGAAGUGACGUGAGACCCUGCAAGUGGGACAGCCCCCAGUCCAUGAGGCCUGGCUAUUGCAAUAUUUACUAAGUAGAGGAACUCUAUAGCAAGAUGAAGAGGAAAGCAAACACACACACAAAAAAAAAAAAAAACACAAAAAAAAGAGAAUACUUUUUUAUACCUCACUAUGUUCUUUGAAUAUGUAUUUUUCCUUUAAAUUUCUGCCUUUAAUUCUUUUGUUCCAAAGAUUGUGCAUUUUUUUCUUUCUUUUUUUUCUUUUUUUAACUGUGGUAAAAAAAAUAAUAAUGCAUUUCCAUGUCUGUAUGUCCGUGCUUAGCUUAUUCUGUCAGUCACGGAAGAGGAAGUGAAUGAGGAAGGAGAGACAUUAGGAGCUGAUAAAUGCAUCUGAUCAGAAAUCAGCAGACAGAAUUACCAAAGUGUUUCUGGUGCAGACUGGACGAGAUUUUCCCACAACAGCGUCGUCUUCCGGUCUUCUGAGUGUCUGGGCUUUGGCAGGCGAUUCUGAUUGGCUGUGGCUGGAAUCCACCUGCUGACGCAUAGGAACCUGUGCUUGCCAGCAGGAGCCGGCUCCUCUUCCCCCCCUUCUCCCCCGUUCUUUUCACAGUCAUCUUACACACACAGCCUGAGAGGGUUGGCAGAGCUUCUGGAAUCCUAGCCUGAUCUUUCCAAACGUGCUCUCAGACUGUGGAUGGGAGACACCUCAUUAGAAAACCCGUCUCCGGGUGAGCUCUGGAGUAGGAAAGUGGUCGUUUCUUUUCUUUCCUGUAACCCUAGCGUUCCUGCUGGGCUGCUUCCCCUUCUGACUGAACCACGGCUUAGCUUUUCUCUUCUUUCAUUAACGUGCUGCUCCCACGUCCUCAAAUUCAGGAAUUUAGGAGCCAGGGACAGGAAGAACGAGUCGUCCAGGGCCAGAUUCCCCCACUCGCUGGGCCCAGAGCUGAGAAACAGUGAGAAGGGUGAGGACGAGGAGAGGAACCUUAGAUCUGCCGUUCCCGCUCUUUCUCUUGCAUCAGGAAGUCAGUACAGACAGAGCACAAAGGUAGAGUACAGAAUCUGGGGCAGGGAACGGCCCAGCGCCAGGCCAGCUGUCCCGGGAGUGUCGUGAGCAGGACGCGUCAGGGCAGCCAGGGCACGCUGUGCUCGCUCCAAAGCCAUAGGAAUUUUCAUCUUCCAGAGACUCUGGGAGGCCCUUCUCUGUCCACAGCCUUCAGCCCUCGUGGCUGUCCCAGCCUGCUUCUCGCCCUCCUCCAAAGACGGCCCGCUGAGCACCUGGACUUCUUGGUACACCUAACACCACAGGACUCGGGGCCGGAGCCCCUGAGCUUGCUCCCUCCCCGCAGCGGAGGGGGCGCGCACGGCAAGGAGCUUCCGUGUUGCCAGGAAGAGCAGUGAGUCACUGCUGUCCGGCUGUGGCUCCCCCUUGGUUAUGACCGAGGUAGGAGAGACAGCGCUUCUCUCCUAGGAUUGGACAGAGCCGACGGGGCAAGGCUCCCACGGCAUUUCCAGACGAAGGCAUUAGAACCUGGCAAAGCACGCCUGUUUGGCUCCCUGGCCGAUCCGCAUUGGUACUAGGGUGACCUUUCACCCCGGGGAUAGCUGCUAACGGAGCAGCAGAGACGUGGCGUUGCUGCUUUGUCAUGGGGCUGCUGGGAUCCCAUGUUUGCUCGCUCCUCUCCCACAUGUGUUCUUGACUGCCAGCUGGCUCACGCCCCGAAUUAGAAUGACUGACGUGCAGCAGCGUUGAGCCGGCUGUGCGCGGAGUGCUGCGUGCUGGGCGUGUGUACACAGAUGGCUUGGGGACGUCCCAGAGCCGUUCUCCAUCCUGGGGAGGACCCCGCUGCCCCUUGAGGGCGUCCCUCCCUCAAGCCCACGUCGGGUUUGUUGCUGUGCAGCCCAUUUCUGUUGCACAUGUAUAAAUAUUUUAGUUAGAGGAGAGGGAUAGGUCACAGUUCUAGGGCCUGGGGCGAGGAGGAGUUCCUCUUCCUUUGAUUUCAAGGGAGAACUUGUACUGACAAGGAAACAGAAGUUUGGGUCAUUCCCAGUCGGGGCCAUUCCCACGUACCCUGUGGCGGCGAGGCCCGGUUUUCCUUGGCUGUGUGCGUAGUAAGGGAGUGGGGGGUGCGUGUGAGACAGCCUCUCUUUCCAAGAAAGAGGUAAGGAUGACGGGGAGGUAGGGGAGGCAGCUCCACGCCCUGUGCAAGAGGCGGCUGGAGCGUGAGCUCCCUCGUGUGCAUUUCAGCUCAGCUGGUCCUGGCUGAGGCCCCACAGGCAAGCUCUGUUUCCCAGGAGGGCUCUGCUCCACGUUCAGUGCGCUGUGCAAUGCCGCUUCCUCCAGCUCCUUCCCUUAGCAAGGUGAAGUGCACGUCUGCUUUUUGCAAAGGGGACUUGGGUUUUCAGUGCUCAGAACAGUCGGGGCCCUCAUAAGCGUUUAGAUUUCACCUGUCGGCCGCCUCCUCCGCUUCCUCCUCCGCCGCCGCCUCCUCUCCCGCCUGCACUUUUGAACCGUGAGAGUCCGAACGUGAGCCCUGCCCAGGCCCGAGCUGCAGUGCGUGCUGCUGGCUCUUCUGUCGGGUUAGGAAGCAGCCAGACAGCUGGCGCGAGCUCAGCUCAGCGCUUUGGAGGAUGCUGGCUGGUGGUCCCAGAGAGCUCACCGAGCUGGGUCCCAGCACACGGCGAUGUUCUCAGCUUCACUGCUGUGGGUCGCCUGGACUUCCCGUGUGAAGCGGCUGCCCCCCAGACCGGCUUCCUUGCCUGAAUUCUCUCUCUCAGCCCGGAGAGCCUGCAGGUCUCCUCCAGAAUCCCUAGAGUCACUCAGUUCCACCCUCGAUUAACUGGGAUCUGCCAUGUGGUUCAUCAUUGUUGUGGCUCUGGGCUUUAACAGAAACUGCUAUCGCCGUCACCCUUCAACAGCCACUGGCUGAAUUCAAUCAACAUGGUUUUUUCCUUGAGAAAGAAGUAGACUGGGGCUCAGCUCCCAGCUUCGGGGGAGCGGAGGAGAGCUCGUGCGGAGAAGCCAGCGAAAGCAGCCGUCCCCGCAGCACGGACUCCUCAGGGCUCAACUGCUCUUAGCUUAGCUGACGCUCUCCCAGAGAUGUAGCAGCUGAGUCGGCUGAUCACCACCCCAUAAUAGUCACGAAGCUUCCAGAGCACGGGCGAAAGCAGGCCCAGGGAGACGCCAGAGCGCCCAGGGGCGUCUGAAAGGCACUGGGCGGGGAGGGGAGGCUCCCCGACCUGCGGCUCUCUGCAGCACAGUCCCAGGUCCCAUUGUGUUCAGUUUGCACUGUUUUAAGAUAGGAAACAGUUAGUGGGCAAGGUGACCAUCAGACGUGAAUUUGUGUGUUUUUAUUUUGUCAUGCUCUUGAGAAUGUUUGACCAUUUGUAGUAUGCACCAGUGAAACUUGAUUCUCUGUGACAUGCAACGCUGUCUACUUUCGGGAAAUGUUCCCUUCGAAAGCCUCCAGCCCUCUGCCUGCCCCGUGCACUUCCUCCGCGCUUGCUUUGCUGACCGCCCGGGCAGGAGCCAUCGGGAGCUGGACGGGAAACAGGGCCCUUCCCAGCAGGCUCUGGGUGUCCUCGCCAGCGGCUGCCCUCCAAGCGGGUGAGUGGGGGAGGGUCCCUGGCACCCUGCUUUGGAAAAAGGCUUCCACCCCAGACCGGGCUGCGGCCCGUCCUCAGCCUCCGCUCCCAUGCACCAGGCCUGAGGCGCCGGGGCAGCGCGCGAGCUCCCGGAGCUGGGCGCUUGGCUGGGGCGGCCGUGCCCUUGUCCACGUUACCGCAGCUGUAGCCAGGUACAGUUUACUCAGGAAAACGGUAGAUCAAUUCAGCCAUGGUAGUACUGGUUGGCAGGGGUCGGUAACUGAGACAAGCACCCGGCAGCCAAACACAGGCCUUGCCUUUAAGGAGACGGGCGGCCUGGGGACGAGGUCCUGUCCGUCUGGUGGUAGCACCGAGGGCUCCGCUCACCCUGGCGGGCAGAAAGGGAACAGGGGUUCUCUUCCCCCGCCCCUGCCGCCCUCACCAGAGCCCCAGGGGUGCACACGUUUUUGAAGUUUUAAGUGAAUUUUUUUGUUGUUGUUUGGUUUUUCCGGGGCCUGCUGAGUGCUUUAAGCUCCAAGCGGGGCGCAGUGAGCCUCGCCGCCCAGCGGUCCCCGUGUUUCUGUUCACAGUAUUGUGUGUGCGUGCUUGUGGGGCAGCCCCUGCGGGCUGUAGUACAUAGCGAGUGAUGACGUGACCCUCUUUUUUUCCCUAAGGGACAGGAACCGUUUUUUCUUGUGUUACAAUUCUGCUUGUGAGUAGCCGGACAAGCCGGGCUGCGUGCGGAGAGCACAGCCGAGCGGCCCUGCCCAAGUCUGAACUUUUCGGCCCAAAUCUUUGCCAGGCUCCCGAUGCCACAGAACCUCUCCUCCGCUCCCCACGGCGGGGACUGGCCCAUCCCCACACGCGCCACGCGGUCUUGCCAAGGCAAACAGGUACGGCGGGGCCGGGGGCCUCCCGUGGGAUGCUCGUGCAAUUGACAGCCACUCCGCUGCCCUUCCCCGCCCGCCCCCAGAAUCACGCCUGGGACACCCGAGCUGCUCGCCCAGGGUCCUGUUUCCCUGCUAACCACCGAGAAGCGCGCAGGGCUUUCUGGGCCGCGACCCCUCCCUUCUCGUUAAGAUCAUAAUUGUAUAGUAGCCGUCAGACCGUACAGUAUUCAUUGGGUUACUCCUAUUAUUAUCAAGUAGCUGGAAUUGUGAAGGUCGGAGUAGUUAGAUCUUAGCUUUUAUUCCUUAUUUUUUUUGUAUUACUCUCCAUGUGUAUAAAUUAUUGAUCAUGUUGCUGGCUUUUAUAAACUCUAAGCAGAGGAGGGGUACUGGCCCAGCCUUUGCAAACGGUAAUGAAGCACUGUUUUUAAAUAAAAGAGAGAAACACCA